GCGACGUCCGACAAGUGUCGCGGGCUGAUCCGCCUUCCACUUGACGAAUUUCUUGACGAUGUAAUGAUUUUAGUGCAAGCCUACAGCGUUCUAGUUCACAAUCACUCACCAGAAGCGCUAGCCGAGCACUUACAUCAGAAAUGGUUAGCUGAUAGCCGUUUUGCGCCUCUAGCAUCUGACAUAGUCCUGCACACAAAUUCUUCUGGUCUUGCUUUGUCGUCGUGUGUUUUGGCGUUGCUGCUGAACGACUAUCGUAACCGAUUGGAAGUUCGAAGUCGUUCAACGCUUAUGUUCCGUAACAGCGUAAAAGCGAUAGACUACCUUUUUAGCAUGUACACUGUGUUUCUCAAAAUCGAUGGCUGUGUGGCCAGAUGUCUGGUGAAACCAAUGUUCAAAUGUCUGGAAAUCUUGGUUGACGACCAUCCCAGCUCAGAAGACCUGGAACUGAUGGGUACCUUACUGUCGGAGCACGGAUCAACGCUGUAUAACCUGAACCCUUACCUGGUCGAUCGAUUGAUUGUGAAAGUUCGCUCAAAAAUGUGUUCUGACGACCCACAAAUGAACAGCGCUAUCAGGACGAUUUUUCUUCAUGUAAUGGACCUAUGGGCAUGGGGUUGGAAUGAGCUGAUGAUACCAGAAUGUUUGACGAUGAAUUACUCUGAAGCACCAGAAACGCGAAGUCCAAUCAUGCAACGAAAGAGGGACACAGGCAAACAGGAGUUCGGCAGCAAGGAGAGUAUUGUCUGA